CUGGACCGAACGGUUGGAAAUCGGUUGGAAAAGGGGCGAGUGUCGUUUUGACCCGGGAUAAACACGAACACGAACUGUACUAGUUACCUUUGACGAUAAGUAAGUGACGCUAACAAACAAAGGAAGGCUACAAGCCCCGCACUGACCUGAGGAUAAUGUCUUGAGGCCGUGUCCUCUCCACACACAGCGGCCCAGUGAAGAGUAGCAGUCUGUUGGUCCAGAUGUGGUCCAAGAAAUCCAGUAUAAUCUUCUGGUUCUCCUCUGCUCCGAUGAAGCGGUUCCACUUAUCCGUCUUCACUCGCAGCACACAGAAGGCCUGCUCCCGAAGGAAGUCCACCCUCUCAUCCGACAACACUACCCCAGUUUUCAGGGAAGGCUCCUGGGGAACACGCACUCCUCCACUACCCAAUCCUCCUCUGUUACUGCUUGUGCCGGUGGCCUCAGCCAUGAAGACUCAACUGGCGGCAAGAAGAACUCCGAGGGACACCAGCUGGAAAAGUGAUACACACUACGGUGGAUAGGUUAACUUGUCACUGUGACAACGCAGCAGGGGCUGGCUUCAUUAUCCUGCACGGUGGAGGCUGUUUAUGUAGCUGUAUGGCCUGCAACCCAAUCCUGUAACCAGAGCCUUCAGAGGAGACCUAAUGACAGUGACACCUCCAGGACAGAAAGGAGCAGACAAAAGUGGACACAGCUGAGUUGCCAUGAGCAACAAGCCCUCAUGGUAACCUGGAGUUACUCGAACGCCAAAAAAUGCCUUUAGGUGGACUGUUGAACACAGGAGCCAAGGAGCCAAUCGGAUACACUGAUCACCACCGUUCAACAAGAACAGCAUCCCCGUGUGACAAGAAAAGUGUUUUCCUGGUAUUUAAAAUGAAGAGAAACAAGCUGAGAAAAGGCCAAUUACCAGAGUCAGUCAAACUGAGUAAAACACAAGAAAACAAAACGGUUGUUAGCAGUAGGAGCUACCCUGGCGGUGUGUUUGUGUGUGUGUGAGCCGACCAACAGGAGACAUGUCGCGGAGAGCAGAGGCCAGACGCAAACAGCCACACUUCAGAGUUAUCAGUGCUAACAAGUACAAGGCUGCCCGCGAGCUCCCAGCUGAGCCGCAGCCUUUGGAAAAUUGUUUAUGAUAACAUCGGAAAGAGCGAAACUGGAGGGAGCAAGAGAGCAGGGGGAAUCGGGGAUGGAGAGAACGACGGCGGCAAAAUGAAAACAGGAGAUUACUGAUCAACGGUAAAAGCAGACCUUGUUCGUCAUUAUGCUGUGAUGGCCGGUUCCCGCUGUGCAAAUGUCACCAGAGUCCUCUCCCUGUGUCACCUCUGUCUGCUCCCUGCUGUCCCCCCUGACACCUCCGAGACCCUGCCUGCCCUUUCUCUGACAAGGAACCCUGGGACUGCAGGUGAAAAGUAGCUGUAACCUAUCUCUGAUGAUCAGUAAGUCCCUAUAACUUUGACGAUACACCAUGACUUCAAAGCGGCCCCUCACCCCCUACAACCGGAAUAGGUGUGCGGUUUCCAGCGUUCUGGAAGAACCGGAAGAAAUUGAGGACAUUGUCAGACAGUGGCAAGUGAUGCGACCCCAACAAAGUGCAGAGGAGAAUGGAUCCCUUCAACAUAAGAUAAGUGAACCGUCUGAAAACCUAGAACAUGAGAGGACUGAAAACAGAACUCUAUGCGACCAGGUGGAAUAUUUAUCCGCUGAACUUGUGUGAGAGAGAGAAUUGAGACAGCAGGACCUUCUCGUGCACAAACUAGAAUUGCAGGAAAUUCAUAGAGAGUUCAGGCAAAAAUAGGACAUGGAUGUUAAUGUGAAACAAGAAAUAAUUGUCACAUUAGAGAAAAAACUGGACAUGACCCAAAAGAACUAUGCCAUCAAACUGAAUGAGUUGAAAAUCAAACUUGAGAAAGCAGGGGAUAAAAGUUCUUCUGCUCAGGAUGAAAUGGUAACUGAAUUCUGUAAAAAACAGAAACCAAAAAACACUGAAAUGUUGCAGCGUAUCCAACUCCAGAACCUCUGCAUAGAAUACAAUGGCCUGUGCUGUUCAUAUGAUAUGCUCUGUAAGGAAAAAGCCAGUCUCAAGGAAGAAUCUGAUAAGGAGAUUGCCAUGCUUAAGAAAGAUCUCAAGACAAUAGUAGAGGACAAAAAUGGAAAGAUAUUAAAGCUGGAAGAACAGGUAAAAAAUAUGUUUUCUGCGCUUCAAAAAAUAUUAAAUGACACCAAUUUGACUAAGCAACAUGUGUCUGAGAGGGACAUGGAGCUGGAAGGCCUGAAAAUCCAACUCCAUGGGCAGAAAUCCCAAAAUGGUCAACUUGUUGCUCAGUUCCAGGCUGAGAAGGAACUUAAAAGGGUCCUUCACUCAGAACUGGUAAACCUCAAGAACCAGGUCCACCAGAUGGAGGAGCCCCUCUGUCUUUCACAGGACCUGGAACGUCUGAAUAAGUCUUCCUUAAGCGAUUCACAGGAUUCAGUGUAUGAAGAGUGUGUUACUCAGAACCCUGAACUAGAGGUUGAAGACUCUCCCUCUGUUUCUCAGGGCGUAGAUCCGAAUGCUGGGGCUACAGGUGGUGGGGAGAAUGCGGCCAUGACAACCAAGAAGCAUUCUCUAUGGAAGAGAACACGCCACUUCCUCGGUUUGAGGAAGAAAAAUAAGGUGGAAAAGGUGAAUCAGCAAACCGAGUCCCCUUCAGUGGUUGAAGAAUCCAGUAUUGUUUCACAGGAUUCAGUGUAUGAAGAGUGUGUUUCUCAGAACCCUGAACUAGAGGUUGAAGAGUCUCCCUCUGUUUCUCAGGGCGUAGAUCCGAAUGCUAGGGCUACAGAUGGUGGGGAGAAUGCGGCCAUGACAACUAAGAAGCAUUCUGUAUGAAGAGAACACGCCACUUCCUUGGUUUGAGGAAGAACAAACCAAGGACACAUUUAUUUGAAAUUUGUCAAAUUUCAAAUAAAUGUGCCAUUGGUUCCCAUGUCCUGCUCCAUGUCUGUGUGGGUUUUCUCCGAGAGCUUUGGUUUCCCCACACAGUCAGUGACGAAUAAUAUAAAAAAAAUUAAAAAAUUAAAAAUUAACAUCUGAGUGGAUUUCUCCAUUCUGAGUGGCAGAACCCAGAGUUAGUUAGUGGUAGAAAAAAGUAAAACUGCUGC